GGACAUGGAUUUUGUUUAUUUCUCUAACUGGCACAGUUUUAUCAGCACAAAGCCAAGACUCUUGGCAUGGCGUGGAUGCAUUAUUGGAAAUCUCCUCUGAAUUAGAAGAAGCAAGCAUGCAUCAACCAGAAACUGAUACAGGAGGGAUGUUUUUGGAUACACAUGUUGCUGAAGAGGGUGAGGAUGAGCCUCACCGAAUGGAUGCUGAACAGGAUUUCAAAAGGCUGGAGGCUGGUAGAAGUAGGAGAAGCGCCUGGGGCAGGAGGAAGCAUGCAGCUACGGUCGAGGCCGCUGCAUAUAGAAUAGCAGGGUUUGGGCGACCUCUAAUGGGCUGGAGAACGAGAGGAAGAGCAGAGGAGGAGACCGGCGUUCUCAUGGCCGCACUUAAGGAACUCCAUGCUGAGAAAAGAAGGCUGAUGGAUCACGGGAAAACACACGAGGAGGAGGAGGAAGAUGAUGAUGAUGAUGAUGAUGAUGAUGACGACGACGACGAUGACGACGAUGAUGAUGAUGAUGAUGAUGAAGAGGAAGAGGAGGAAGAGGAGGAAGAGGAAGAAGAGGAAGAAGAGGAGGAAGAGGAAGAAGAGGAAGAAGAAGAAGAAGAAGAGGCAACUGAGCCUCCCAGCAAUCAAACAGAAACAUUCUCCAGCUUUACAGCGUCCCCUCUCCAGUGUCGGACUGCAGACGGAGAAAUCAGCUGCAGGGCCAUCGGCAUGACUCACCUGCCAGUCUUCUAUAACCUGGAGACCACAAAGCUGGACAUGGCAGAGAACAACAUCAGAAUCAUCACUCCACUAAGUUUCUCCGGCCUGCCGAACCUGAACACGCUGGACCUGAGCCAGAACAAACUGGACGAUGAGUCCUUCAGCCAGAAUCCCCUGUUUAACCUGACCUUUCUGAAGAAGCUGAAUCUAGAUGGUAACCAGAUUACCGCAGUCCCGGCGCUGCCACUGUCUCUGGAGGAGCUGAAGAUCAACAACAACAAGCUCAAUACACUCACCCCCCACUGCUUCAAAGGUUUGUCAAACCUGCUGAAUCUGGAGCUGGAGGAGAAUCUCCUUCAUGAGGGAAGUGUGUCACCUUUAGCUUUCAAACCUCUACAGAGGCUUCUGAAUGUCCAGCUGGACAACAACCAUUUCCGUUCCAUCCCUCUGGGCCUUCCUGCCUCUCUCCAGGUGCAAAGUAUCACUUUAGAUGGAAAAUCCUUCUCCUUAAAACGUUGGGAUAAGGGGUCUGCUGUUCUCGAGCACACCAGCUCACUGAUGACUUCACUCAAACACUGUAUAAUCACUCGACACUACGCAAUGACAAGGUCCCUGGAGGCCUUGGACUUGUCCUACAACCAGUUCACCUCAGUCCCGAUGAAUCUGCCUCGCCCUCUCCGUAAACUAAACCUCCAACACAACAACGUCAGCCACAUCCCUGCCUUCACGUUUCGUCACAUGCGCCCCGGUCUGCAGUCCCUCCAUCUGUCCCACAAUGCCUUGAGCAAGGAGGGCAUCGAUCGUUUCUCUUUUGUUGGAAUGUACCGCUCGCUGGCUGAGCUCCUGCUGAACAACAAUCGCUUGAGAGAGGUCCCUCGCUGUGUCAGGCAGUUCAAGAACCUGCAGGUGCUGAGACUGGAUGACAAUCAGAUCAGGCUGGUGAGGCAGUGGGGAGUGUGCCACCCUAGUAAUUCUGGCUCGACCUUGGCUUCGGUCCAUCUGGAAAAUAAUUUGUUGGAGGUAGAGCAGAUUCCACCAAAUGCCUUCUUCUGUGUCACGGAUUCCCAGGGACUGGUCCUCUAUCCACAGCAAGGCCACACAAAUGACAUAUGAACGGAUACACACAAUAUACACUUGUGCAUCGACCUGACAUGCAGCUAAACAAUUCUUCUCAUUUGUGCAUCUUUGUAAUCACCUUAGAGUCACACAUGGUUAGCAGAAAUAUAUUGUUAUCACGCUGUUCUCUUAAGUCAGUCAGAGCUUUCAUUUUAACAUCCCCAGACCCAUCGUUUCUUUCAUAUUUCAACUCUGAUUGCAGAAAUAACUGUAAUAUUUUGGUAUGUAAUGAAACAAGUAUGUAAUUUACACCAUCAUCGAAACAAUCACGAUAUAAAACGCUCUUAAAAUGUAAA